AUGUCGGACGAAAUUGCUUCCACUACACUAGUCACAUUGACCUCAUCCUCUGAAGCCCUGCCAACGCUAAUUCGGCCUGUUGCAUUCUCAGCCAGAGCAACAGCAACAGCAGCAGCCUCGGCAGCGGCCACACCAUCCGCUUCUGCAACAGCCUCAGCAGCAAGCACCACGCUUAAAUCGAGCAUCAACUGGUUCGUCCUCCUCAUCAUCCUCAUCCCGGCUCUCUUCAUUGUGUAUGCCAUUACAAAGCGCAUUCUCGGAUGCUUAUCCAAGCGCAAGGAAAAAAUCCCUCCAGCUCCAGUACACGCACCGAUACCAACAUGGCAAGGCUACCCACCGAUGCAAGUCCCACAAGCUGCCAUGAUGUCUGCACACCUGUCGCCCAUGCAACAAAUGCAAUGGCUCGCUUAUCAGCAACAUGCGCCGAUGCAAUCAAAUCAUCAACACAAUCAAUGGGAGAAGCAGCAGCCAUACGUUCAUAGCUGGGAAAAGUAA